UGUGUGUGUUUGACGUCAGAAACUUAGGAGGGGCUCCUCCGUGAAGCUGGUUGCCGUUUGUGGUGCUGAAACAACGCCUGUGUUGUGUUGCCAUUUAGCGGUAUUUCAUUUUAUUCCCCCCCCCCUCCCCCCCUCCCCCGUUUCUCCUCAAACAUGCCUCUCUAGACCGAGUGUCGUCCGAGCAGCUCACCCCUGAGUCGGCGUUAGUCAUGGUGUGUUAGCGGAGGUGUGCGAUGGAUUAGUCGUUCUGUAUUUAGGCAGCAGCGGCAUGGAUUCACCGUGGUGUCCCAUCCUCUUCGCUGCAUUGGCUGUCAGCCUCUGCUCCUCACCUGCACUCGCUGACAGAAAAUUUGGUUGCCUGUUUGAAGACGAGCUCUGUUCACCGUAUGAGUUCUGCGUCAAUGACGGAGUGUUUGGAAGGUGCCAGGAGUUGGCCGCUGCAGACCUGUACACGUACGAUAUUUCUUCCUCUGCUGUGCAACGCCUCAGGAUCCUCCUCCAGAAACUGGCUCACAGAGGUUUGACAUGGCAGGACGACAUCACCCAGCAGGUCAUCUCCAGAGAGCUCUCCAAGCUGAGGACCGUUCCUCUCCGCCACCAGGCCUCAGCUCCGAGCCCCCUGACCGCCUACAGCAGCUCCAGAGACGGGAAACUGAGCAGAAACCUUCAACAGUACCUGGCGGGCCUGGGCUUCCUGCCGCAGUCUGAUGUUGACGGAAAACCAGGAAUUCAACGACUGGGAGCCAACGUUCAGAAUGAAGACGUCAAGUCUGAAGGUCACUUAGAGCCCAGCCGGUUGAAACCCCAGCAGGGCUGGAAGGAGACCACUAUCUACAGCCAUCAGAAAGGAGCUGGCCAACCUCCAGUCACAAAAGUCUUCACCCAGAGCGGAGAGGGCAGACACCCCAAGCUCAGUACAACCUACUCCAACCGGAACCCAGGAGGCAACAAACUGCUCAGCAGCCAUCUGGAGCAGCUUCUUGCCGAGGUACCGAGCACUCAACAGGGCGCCCCGGGUGUCAAGUCUGCAUGGCCCAAAGGAAAGCUCCACUACCUCAGCUACAUCCGUCCAGCUCUGAAUGACCACGCAGAACCGCAGUCUCACGUGGCUUUUGGCUCCAAAACCCAAAGGCCUAAUCUAGACAGACUUCUGCUCAAGGCUGGCUCAAACCGACUGACCGCCAAAGAGCCUCAUAGUGUCAUGGACGAGCGAUUCAUCCAGAAUAUGGCGAACCAGUUGGGAAGACACAGAAUCGGCAUGGAGGCGUUGAUGGGCAAAGACCUGAACCAGCUGGCUGGGGUCAUCACAGGGGCUCUGCAGGAGGUGGAUGAGGAGCGGCCUGUGGUUGGGACCCAGCCAGGACCAGGAUCUGCUGACUCCAGGGGGGGCAUGGAGCGUAACAGGGAGCCACUGGCAGCCGUGCAGCAGAAUCAAGACCAGGUCCUGAAAUCAGACAAAGGUCAAGAUCUAAACCAGGAAGACACACUGAGAAUGAAACAGCAAGGCCAACAAAUAGACGGUGCAGACAAAGAGCCUGUUGACAAGCAUGCAGCCUUCUUCUCCAAGCUGCUGGACUACCUCAACCUGGAGGCCUUCAGUGACGCUCCAGUGGUCCACAUUGGGCCACCAGCUCCCCUUCGGAAAAUGUCCGGACUGGAGAAUGUCCAAAGCCGGACGACGCAGGGCCAAGUUUCCGUACCCCACCGUUGGGAGGCGAAGACCUUGCCUGCGAAGGAAGGCUCCACCCUGCGUUUAACCGGUGGUGCAGAUGGGCCUGACGCUCACGUGGACUCAGAGAUCCAGAGGUGGAUGCAGGGGAAUCAGGACCCAGCGGGGAAAAAGCAGGCGGAGGAGCCACAGAAGAAGGACAUGAGAGUCAAAACGCAGCUGGUCCACGUGGGGGUGAAGGAGUUUUCCAGCAGAGGGAAGGACAGACAUUUUGGCUACAUUAUCACCGGCUCAGACUCCCUCACCAGUGACCAGGGCUCGGACCUGAUGGAGCGGCUGACGGAGAGGCUGAACCUCCACGCCGCGGACCUCACCCAGCUCUCUGUCUUGGGUCCAGCGUUGACUUUCAGAAUUGGCCCCAACCCCAAGAAUGUGACCACUGCAGAUCUGAUUCAAGUUGCCGUCCAACAGAAGCAGCAGCUGGAGAAGGAGACGGGCCUGAAGAUAGUGGAGGCUGGAGUUAGUGAUAGGGGCAGCCUGACCCAGAUCCCGGUGGUGAAGGAGACCAGGGUGGAGUCGGGCCAGUUCCUGCUGCUCUCCGUCCUCUGCAUGCUCUUCAUCCUGGUGGCGCUGGCAGUGUCCACCACCUUCUUCUGCGUGCGCCAGCGCUCCCACCUCCGCAUGAAGGAAAAGCUGGCCAGCCUGGGGACUGACACCAGUACAGAUGCCACUGCAACCUAUCAGGAGCUGUGUCGCCAGCGUAUGGCAAUCCGCACAUCGGAUCGCGUCGAGCGGCCGGAGACCCUGCGCCACUCGAGGCUCAACAGUGUCUCGUCCCAGUUCAGCGAUGGCCCUGCAGCCAGCCCGUCGACCCGCAGCAGCACCUCCUCCUGGUGCGAAGAGCCGGUGCCGUCCAACAUGGACAUCUCCACUGGUCACAUGAUACUGUCAUACAUGGAGGACCACUUGAAGAACAAGAACCGUCUGGAGCGAGAGUGGGAGGCCCUGUGCUCCUACCAGGCAGAGCCCAGCGCCUGCAGCGUGGGGCAGGGCGAGCAGAACUCCAAGAAGAACCGCUCGGACACCGUGGUCGUAUAUGAUCAUUCCAGAAUCACCUUGAAAGCGGAGAAUAACCACAGCAACUCAGAUUACAUCAAUGCCAGUCCAAUAAUGGACCAUGACCCUCGCAACCCUACUUACAUCUCCUCGCAGGGCCCACUUCUUUCCACCGUGGCAGACUUCUGGCAGAUGGUGUGGGAGAGCGGCUGCGUCGUCGUCGUCAUGUUGACCCCGCUUUCUGAAAAUGGAGUGAAGCAGUGUCAUCCCUACUGGCCCGACGAAGGAUCUGACGUGUACCACAUCUACGAGGUCAACUUGGUGUCGGAGCACAUCUGGUGUGAAGACUUCCUGGUGCGGAGCUUCUACCUGAAGAACCUGCAGACCAACGAGACCCGCACCGUAACGCAGUUCCACUUCCUGUCCUGGAUGGACCGCGGGAUCCCCAACUCGGCCAGGACCCUUUUAGACUUCCGCAGAAAGGUUAACAAGUGCUACCGGGGUCGGUCUUGCCCGAUAAUUGUUCACUGCAGUGAUGGAGCUGGCAGGAGUGGGACUUACAUUCUGAUUGACAUGGUCCUCAAUAGGAUGGCUAAAGGUGCUAAAGAGAUUGAUAUUGCCGCUACCCUGGAGCACUUGAGAGACCAGAGAGCUGGCAUGGUCCAGACAAAGGAGCAGUUUGAGUUUGCGCUGACAGCCGUGGCAGAGGAGGUGAACGCCAUCCUGAAAGCGCUUCCUCAGUGAAGGCAUCACAUCCCCCCCCCCCCCAACCUUCUUCUCACUCGCCGAACACCGGCUUCCUCUGCCCACUCAAGACUGACAUCUCUCUCUGCCCUCCCUUCUCCUCGCUCUGUUUCUCUCUUCCGCCUUCUCUUCACCUCUAUAUAUAUAUACACUGUAUACUUAUGAAUGUCGUGCCAGAUAUCUCACCUGGAUCUAUAUUCGCAAAAUCUUGCCUCAGAGUACGACUGCCGAUCUGGGAUCCAUGUCAGACCAGCGGGGCCUGAUCUGAUGUGUGAAUUUAGAUCAGCUCUCCUACUGUGAGACUUUUUGUCGAUAUGAACCCCGGUCCUCUAUAACAGUGAUGUUGUUCCUGAACAUACCGCUCUAGUGCCACUGACGAGCUGUUUACGUGAUGUCAAGUGAAGACUUUUGUUCCAAAAUAAGCUAUCUGCCGUUGGGAAAACUGAUACAGAGGCUAAGAAGGAGACUAUUGGCACAUUUAAAACGAACUAUAGUUGGGCCGCAACUAACCAUAAUUUGAAAUAUCGAUUAAUAUGCAGAUUUCUUUCGAUGCAUUGUAGAAAUCGUAAGAAUUAGUGAAACAAAAUGGCAUUUAUGUCUUCAAUUUGUCUGACUUACAGUCUAAGAUAUUCAAUUUACUGUCAUACAUGACAAAGAAAAACAGCAACUUCAGAGAAGCUGAAACCAGAGAAUGUAAAAGAUGAAUUGAUUAUCGAAAUGGUUGCCAAUAUUUAUUUAUUUUUGCCAAUAGACUAAUCAUUGCAGUUCUCAACCGUAGUACUUUUUGAAUAAUAAUAUGUAAAGUGAAUUAAGUUCCUGCCUUAUAUUUUAAAGAUUAUAUCCCCUAAAUGAAUCGGUGUAUUGGACGCAUGUAGCGUUUUGGAAAUAAACUCCUCACAUGUUUCUUCUCCUCUGUGAUCUGAAUCAACCCACUAUAUAUAUACUCAGCAUCACGUGCAUCAGAUGUUGAAGUGUGUGUGUGUAUUGUUGUAUUUUGGGUCCAGACAUCUUAAAAAGCCUCACAGAUCAUGUUUCUUGAUAUAUUCUUAACAUAUCAGGUGUUUUUUAUUCCUCAUUGCAUACAUUUUAGACAUUGUUACAUGAACAUCUCUGUUAAUAUUAAAUGUAAUACAGAUAUACCAACUGAUAUAGUUCUUAUACAGUGGAGAUAGUAAUAAUAGGAUAUAUAUGUAAGCAGAACUUGUAUUGGGAUUGUUGCUCAUUUUUUUGUCGCUCCAUCACUGGUUUAUUGUAAUAUUUUGUGCAACAUGACAGAUUAUUCCCUCUAUGUAUAGUCAAUGAAUGACUUUAUGAAUACCUAUAUAGUGCUAUCUGAAAUGUAUACCGAGCGCCUCAAUGAGAACUAUAUAUUUUGUGUGAAAAGUAACAUUCAGAUUGAUAAUAAAUCAGAACAGAUUAUACUGA